GAAUUUGGAAGAACAGCCACGGCAGCAAUGUGAGAUGACGAUCAUGGAAAUGAGGGUCGAUGAUAGAGUUGAGUUGAGAUGUGCAUGCUGAGCGCCUCCUUGUGCUCGCCGAGUCUUUGUUUGGAAAAGAAAUCAUCAUCGGCACAUUCUCCUCGUUAUCCUCAACGUCUUGCACGAGACUUUCACAAAGAAAAGCUUUCACGCCACGCUCAUUGGAACAAACUAAACGAUGAGCUUCACUUCUGAAGAUUGCCCUGCCAGUGGCGGACGAAAACCAAAAGCCUAGACGACCAACCUCCGAGCCAAUCGAUGCACGUGGUUCUCUUCGAUGUCCGCGACGCGAGGUCCGCCGCGCCAAGCGCUGGACUCCCGAAACGGGCAGUUUUCCUCUGAUAUCAAAUCGACGGGAGAACGUUAUAGCACUGUCGACCAUUCCACGGCCGUUUUGGCUGUAAAGUCAAAAUUGCCGGGCAGGGGGAUAUGCAACAUGUCGAUCGAUAGACCAUCGGUCCUGCUCCCGCCGCCGAGCAUCUAUGGCAUUACGCGAGAAUGGCUGCUGCUUUGGAGCCUCAUGGACAGACGUCGAUCGGUCACUCAAACGCUCGCCCGGGAAGGGCGAGUUGUCUCUUCUUCUUUCUUUUCCUUUUUUCUUCCUUCGUUGCCUUUUUUCUUCUUUUUCUACCUUACUUACUUUCUUUCCUUCUUUUUCCCGCAACUUCCCUUCCAUUCUUCUUCUUGUUUUUUCUCCGCGUCACCGUUCUUCUUCCCCUUCUUCUUUUCUUUCGGAAGUGAAUCCUGCGAGACUGACAUCACGUGGUCUCCUCUUCUCCUGUGGGGGAGAAUAGGGACUUUCCUCUGAGCCGAGGGACGACGGCGAGAGGACUCGUCUCUUUUCGUGGAAGAAAGGACGAAUCUUUACACUAGAAUGGUGGUGGUGGUAGUGGUGGUGGGAGGGAGGGAGAUCUCUUGUGGAAAAAAGGGGGAGUC